UGUGUGUGUAAUUGUGUUUAUAUGUACUUUUCAUUUUCUCUCUAUCCUUUUCUUUUCUAUCAUCUUUCAUUUCUCUCUCUUUCUCUGCUGUCUCUCUGAACGCUUUCUGUUCCCUGUUCUUAAUAUCUCAGAAAAACAAGUGUCUCUUCUCUUCAUAUUUCAGCAUAAACCCAAAAACGAGGAAUCUAUCAGUGUCCUCCAAACGCCAAAGCCACCAAUGAAAACAACACACACCCUUUAUUAUUAGUCUUUCAUUACCUUCUUCUUUUCUCUACUCUCACCUCACCUCACCUCACCUCUCACUUCUUCUGAACAAAAAAAAAAAAAACCUUUGUUUUUGGUUAUGAAAAAUUAAAGGGCUUGUUGGGUUUUUUUUUUAGACUCUUAGAGCUUCUUGUUGGUUUUGGUUUUGAAUCUUUUGGAGUGUCAUGGCUGGUAGUAAUGAAGUCAACCUCAAUGAAUCCAAGAGGGUUGUGCCACUCAAUACAUGGGUACUCAUCUCCAAUUUCAAGCUGGCUUACAAUAUCCUUCGCCGUUCUGAUGGGACAUUCAACCGUGAAUUGGCCGAGUUUCUUGACCGCAAAGUCCCUGCCAAUACAAUCCCAGUCGAUGGAGUUUUUUCCUUUGAUCAUGUUGAUAGAGUCACCGGACUUCUUAACCGGGUUUACCAACCAGCCCCGGCAAAUGAGGCUCAAUGGGGCAUAUUAGAGCUUGAGAAGCCCUUGAGCACUACCAAGAUUGUCCCUGUCAUAAUUUUCUUCCAUGGUGGAAGCUUCGCACAUUCUUCAGCCAAUAGUGCUAUUUAUGACACUUUUUGUCGCCGGCUUGUGAGCAUCUGCAAGGCUGUUGUGGUUUCUGUAAAUUACCGCAGAGCACCUGAACAUAGAUACCCCUGUGCAUAUGAUGAUGGUUGGACUGCUCUUAAGUGGGUUAAAUCAAGAACAUGGCUUCAGAGUGGGAAAGAUUCCAAGGUUCAUGUAUAUUUGGCUGGAGAUAGUUCUGGUGGAAACAUUGCUCACCAUGUAGCAGUGAAGGCCGCCGAGGCAGAAGUUGAGGUAUUGGGUAACAUCCUUCUUCAUCCAAUGUUUGCUGGGAAAACUAGAACUGAAUCAGAGAAAAGAUUGGAUGGUAAAUACUUCGUUACAAUUCAAGACCGCGAUUGGUAUUGGAGGGCUUAUCUUCCUGAAGGGGAAGAUAGAGACCAUCCGGCAAGUAAUCCAUUUGGCCCCAGGGGAAUAAGUAUUGAAGGACUCAAGUUCCCCAAAAGUCUUGUUGUGGUUGCUGGUUUGGAUCUUGUACAAGAUUGGCAAUUGGCUUAUGUGGAAGGGCUCCGAAAAGCUGGCCAAGAGGUAAAACUUCUUUACUUAAAGGAGGCCACCAUUGGGUUCUACUUCUUGCCAAAUAAUGACCACUUCUAUUGCCUAAUGGAGGAGAUAAACAACUUUGUGAAUCCUAACUGUUAAUACACUACUUAACCUCACCUACAACAGCCAUACAUAAUAGAAGCUUGACACUUCACUUGGGUUCUUUUUUUCCCCCCCUUUUGCAGUUAUGGUGUGUAGUUAUAUACCUAUAUAUGAUUGUGUAGUAUUACUUCUUACUCCAUUGCCAUUCAUGGUGAUAAAGAGAGUUCUGCAACUCUGGGGGUUUGUUUGUUCUUGGUCUGGAAGAUUACUGCCUAUGUCUUUUAGGUACAUAAAUGUAUUCUAUCAGGGAAAGCCACUAUCAGAAGCUCAGAAGUAUCAGAACUCACUCAUUUGAUUUGUGAGAUUUGGCUGAACCACCAGAUAUAAACUUACCCUGGUUAACUUCCAGCUGCAAAUAGAGAGAGAAGUAUAGGGGUAAUGUUUGGUGGUUGAUCUAUCUGUUUUAGUAAAUGGAUAUAUCAUUAUAAGCACUAAUUUCAGUACAUGGACUGGAAUGUAUCCGUCAUGUAAUGAGUCAUGUAUGUUAUACUUGUGUUCUAGUUAUAUAAAGAUUUUGUUUGCUCUUUAGCCUUUAUUAUCA